AUGCAGUUGUCCCUUCCGUUCCUUUUUAUAGCAAGUGCUGCAUUGCUCGAUAAUGUAAUUAAGUGUGACGAGGAGGUGACCAUUCCUGACCCCCCGCAACCGCCAGAUGAGAACCCCGAGAGCAAGGAUGACCCCCCGGGUAACUGGGAUCCCUCCCCUCACAAAGGCGAUGGCGCAGUGGAACCGUCAGUGGAUGAAAAUGAGUCUGGAGGUGAGCAUGGAGCGGUAGAUCAGCAAACAGAUCAUCCAACAGAUCAGCCAACAGGUCAUCCAACAGAUCAGCCAACAGGUCAUCCAACAGAUCAACCAACAGGUCAUCCAGCAGAUCAACCAACAGAUCAACCAACAGGUCAUCCAGCAGAUCAACCAACAGAUCAACCAACAGAUCAACCAACAGGUGAUCCAGCAGAUCAAUCAACAGAUCAACCAACAGGUCAUCCAGCAGAUCAACCAACAGGUCAUCCAGCAGAUCAACCAACAGGUCAUCCAGCAGAUCAACCAACAGAUCAACCAACAGAUCAGCCAACAAAUCAACCAACAGGUCAUCCAACAGAUCAAUCAACAGAUCAACCAACAGGUCAUCCAGCAGAUCAACCAACAGAUCAAUCAACAGAUCAACCAACAGAUCAAUCAACAGAUCAACCAACAGAUCAAUCAACAGAUCAACCAACAGAUCAGCCAACAAAUCAGCCUGCAGAUCAACCAACAAAUCAGCCUGCAGAUCAACCAACAGAUCAACCGCUCACCCAGCCGCCCGUGGAGGUAUCCGAAAAAGCUGCAGCGGCUGCGGUGAGAAACCCGAACGAAAUAGAAGCGAAGUGCUCGCAGCUUAAAGACCAAGACGGAGUGAAAAUCACGGGGCCCUGCGGGGCGAAGUUUCAGAUGUUCCUCGUCCCGCACGUAACCAUAAAUGUAGAAACAGAGACGAACACAAUUUAUAUAGGAAAAAAACUUGACGAUGUCAUAAUCACGAAGAAACAACACAAGGUGGUUAGCGGCAAGUCAUCCCCCUUGUUACAGUUUGAGGAGAAUUCCAACUUACUCCUUAACCAAUGCGUAAACGGGAAGACGUUUAAAUUUGUGGUGAUCGUUAAGGGGGAAGAGAUCAUCCUCAAGUGGAAGGUGUACGAAAAACGUCCCUCAGAAACCGACAAUGAUAAAGUCGACGUGAGGACAUUCGUCUUGAAGAAUACAGAUAGACCAAUCACCGCCAUACAGGUGCACACGGCAAAAGGAAACGAAGACUCCUUCCUUUUAGAAAGCAAGUCAUACUUUUUAAAGGAUGACAUGCCGGCCAAAUGUGACCUAAUAGCUACGAACUGUUUCCUCAGUGGCAAUUUAGACAUCGAAGCAUGUUACAAGUGCACCGUAUUGUCCGAAAACACUGAAUUGGACAGCCCUUGCUUUAGUUACCUCCCUGACGAUGUUAAGCAUAACUAUGAAAAGAUAAAAAGGAAGGCGCAGCAAAAUGGGGACCCGAAGGAGGUCCAAUUUGCAGUGUCUAUUGGGAACAUCCUCCAAGGAAUGUACAAACUGGGAGAAACGGGUCUCAAUGAGUUGCUCAGCUUCGACGAAGCAGAUACAUCUUUGAAAGCGGAAUUGCUGAAUUAUUGCGCCUCGAUGAAGGAGGUGGACGCCAGUGGAGUGCUGGACAGCUACGAGUUGGGCACUGAAGAAGACGUGUUUGCGAAUCUAACGAGAAUUUUGAGGAACCAUGCAGGCGAAACGAAGUCUAUGUUACAAAACAAGCUGAAGAAUCCCGCUAUAUGCUUGAAAAAUGCCGACGACUGGGUGGAGAGAAAAAAAGGACUUCUACUUCCGAGCUUGUCUCAUACCCAUGUGGAAGCUACCCCCCCCGCUAAUGCCCAAGAAGAGGAAACGAAAAAGGAAGACACACCCGAGGGAAGCGAAAAAAUACAAACUAACGGUUACAAUAGCGUUAUCAAUUUUGUCUCAAGCGAAGAGACGAACAUGCAGUCCACCAGUUUUAUUGACAACAUGUUCUGCAACGAUGAGUACUGCGAUAGGACAAAGGACACCAACAGCUGCAUGGCGAAGAUUGAGGCAGAGGAUCAGGGUGUGUGCGCCACGUCCUGGGUUUUCGCCUCGAAGAUGCACCUAGAAACGAUAAGGUGCAUGAAAGGGCACGACCAUGUUGCAAGUUCUGCCCUGUACGUGGCUAACUGUUCCAAUAAUGAAGAUAAGGACAAGUGUCAAGCUCCGUCGAACCCGCUAGAAUUUUUGGACAUCCUAGAGGAGACAAAAUUUUUGCCAGCCGAGUCGGACCUCCCAUACUCUUACACAUCGGUGAAUAACGUCUGUCCUGAGCUAAAGAGCCACUGGAAAAACCUUUGGGCCAAUGUGAAGCUCUUAGACCCGCACAAUGAACCAACCUCGGUGAGCACGAAGGGGUACACUGCCUACCAGAGCGAUCACUUCAAGGGAAACAUGGACGCGUUUAUCAAAUUGGUAAAAUCCGAAGUGAUGAACAAAGGAUCCGUCAUCGCGUAUGUCAAAGCGACAGGAGCACUCAGUUACGACCUGAACGGGAAGAAGGUGCUCUCUCUGUGUGGAGAUGAGACACCCGACAUCGCUGUCAACAUAAUAGGCUAUGGUAACUACAUAAACGGGGAAGGAGUGAAGAAGUCCUACUGGUUGCUACGUAACAGCUGGGGAAAGCACUGGGGCGACCACGGACACUUCAAGGUCGACAUGUAUGGUCCGCCUGGAUGCGAGCACAACUUCAUUCACACCGCUGCUAUCUUCAACGUGGACGUUCCCCUGUUGGAGAACCUCGAAAAAAAGAGACCAAUGUUGUAUAAUUACUAUAUGAAGAGCUCGCCCGAUUUUUACAACCAUAUCUUAUAUAAAGGGGUCCAAACAGAGGAGGAUCGAGAAAUGGGGAUAAGUCCAGAAGACAAGAUGAUCAGUCCUGUUGUUUCUGCACAGAAAUCUGAAGCAGAUACUUUGAACGGUGCGGAGAAGUCCUCUGUAGUGGUAGAGGGAAAGGAAAAUCCUGCUGUAGGAGUGGGCGAAUCCACACAGGAAGUUGAAUCGCCACUCGAGGCAGUAACAGACAAGUCAAAAGAAGCAGAACAACAGGACGAAGAGGAGGCAGACGAGGAAUCGGAAGAAGAGCGCAAGGAUAAAGCGGAGGAGGAAAUGCAGGGUGAAGAGCAGGAAGAAGGGGAUGAUGAGGAAUGGGAAGAAGAGGGCGAGGAUGAAGCGGAGGAAGAGGCGGAGGAGGAGGAAGAAGCCGAGGAGGAGGAAGAGGAGGAAGAGGCGGAAGAGGCGGAGGAGGAGGAAGAGGCGGAAGAAGAGGAAGAGGCGGAAGAGGAGGAGGAGGAGGACGACGACGAGGAACCAGAAGAGGCAGGAGUAGAACCGGAAGAACGAGGAGCAGACCCAGAACAGGCAGGAGCAGAACCGGAAGAGGAAGGAGCAAAAUUGGAAGAGGGAGGAGGAAAAUCGGAAGAGGGAGGAGGAAAAUCGGAAGAGAGAGGAGCAAAAUCGGAGGAGGGAGGAGCAAAAUCGGAAGAGGGAGGAGCAAAAUCGGAAGAGGGAGGAGCAAAACCAGAAGAGGGAGGAGCAAAAUCGGAAGAGGGAGGAGCAAAACCAGAAGAGGGAGGAGCAAAACGAGAAGAGGGAGGAGCAAAACCAGAAGAGGGAGACUCCGAAACAGCGAAGAAAGGCAUGGAAGCAGAGGAACCAAGCAAGGUAGCCGUGUCAGAUGCAUCUCCAGAAGGAGUGAAGGGACCACAAACCGUAGCGUCGCCGAGCGCGUCUGUCAACCCAACACCGCCCCCCUCUUCAACACCUGCGCCAACGCGUAAGACCUCACUCAUUAAAGUUAAACAGAUAAUGGAAGUGAUUCAUAUUAUAAAACACAUAAAAAAUGGAAAGCUGAGGUUAGGCAUAGCAACAUACGAAGAUGACUUGAGCAUUGCAAACAAGCACGAUUGUUCCAGGUCUUAUUCUAGGGACCCAAAGAAGCUACCCGAGUGCAUACGAUUCUGUCAUGAUGAAUGGAAUAACUGCAACGGAGAAUUCUCCCCAGGCUAUUGCCUGAAUCAACGGAGAAGAAAAAACGACUGUUUUUUCUGCUACGUGUAA